AAAUAGAACAAGGAAGUCUAACCUGCAUUAAUUCGUAGAAGAAGAAAUUUUAUUGUUAUGGAGUAAAAUGUCAAUACAGGAAACAAAACAAUUUAAUUGGGUACUAGAAAUUUGAAACUAUGGAAGUAUCAGGAAAAAGAGGGAGAGAGACGGAUUUCUUACCAUCUUUGUCACGUGGAUCUGAUGAAGCUGACCAGCUUUACUGUCUCCCGUGUAAACAAGAUGGAUCUCGAGUACUAGCCUACGGAUAUUGUCAGAACUGUGCCGAACAUUUGUGCGAGACAUGCUACAGAAUCCACACUAAACCAUCACCUUGCAGGAAUCAUAUCCUUCUAGACAAGACACAAAUGCCAAGAUCACAGAAUCCAAGUACACAAACAAGUCCCAAAGAUUUGACUGAAACAUGCCAACACCACCAUGGUAAAGUUAUAGAGUAUUUUUGCAAGGAUCAUAAAACGUUGGGUUGCAGUCCUUGUAUUACGAUAAACCACAGAAAUUGCAAGAUCGAUUACAUUCCAGAUGUCUCCAGCAACUACAUAACCAGUCCUCAGUACCAAAGUCUUCUCCAGGCUUUGCAGUCUUUACACGAAAAUGUGAAGGAAAUAACCAAAUCAAUUAAAGAGAACAAGAAACUCAUACAAGAAAACCAAGAUAAAGUCAAGACAGAUAUUCAAAAGUUUAGACAAGAAAUCAACACUACACUAGACGAAUGGGAAGCUCAGAUCUACAAAGAUAUUGAGAGUUUAUUUUCAAGAGAGCAUCAGAGGACAGAUUCAACACUUACCCAAUGUCACGAAAUGACAGGAAAGAUUGAAACACAACAAAAAACCUUCAAGACUCUGGAAAAGGAUAAGAAAUGCAACAUGAUCUUUAUACAUGGCAAGAAAAAGGAAGAGUCAGUUAAAGGGGACAAGAAAAUUGAACAAAAAUUGAGAGAAGAAACUAAAGCUAACAGUUAUAUAUUUAAACCUAACUUGGCUAUAAAAAAUCUACUGAAGACUGAGACUACCUUGGGAACGUUAUUCAACACUGAUGAUGAACCUAAACCUAAAACAUUACAAGACCAGGCUGAAGAUAAUAAAACAAAAUUAUCCACUCACUUUCAGUUGCGACCAAGACAUCAUUUGAAGGUGCCAAGUUCUGACAUUUCUGCUACUCUAUUAGAUCAAAUUAAUGUUAAGACUGUCAGAGAUAAAUAUGAUUCUAACAUAUCAGGACUUGCAGUAAUUAACACAGACAGACUUGCUAUUGCUGACUACUAUAACACAAACAUUAAGAUUAUUGAUGUGAAGCAGAAGACAAUCGUUUCUGAGCUAAAAAUGCCUUCAUACCCAUGGGACGUGACAGUGUUGCAAGGCGACCAGCUUGCAGUUACACUUCCGGGUGAAAGCUUGAUACAGGUUUUGUCAUGUUCUGAUGGUUUAUCUAAAGUGAGACAACUGACAGUUAACGAGGCAUGCUAUGGGUUAGCUUUUAUUGAAGGAAGUCUGAUAUUUGGGAUGAAAGGUGGAACAGUGCACAUGAAGAUAAUAAAUCUGUCAGGGAAAGUUUUGAAAACACUGGAAUGUGGUGGAGCAAAAGAAGUCGUUUAUACUACAGCAUGUUCAAGAUUUAGAUAUAUUUAUGGUUCAACUGGUAGCAAUGUAUUUUGUUUCAAUAUGUCUGGUGAAGCAGUGGGGCGGUAUGCACAUGAAAGUCUGAAGAAGCCACGUGGACUAGCUGUAUUGGAAGAUGGUUCUAUAUUGGUAUGUGACCCUAGUAACAGCAGCAUUCAUCUGAUUUCAGGAAACAUGAAAAGUAGCAGGAUAAUACUGCAGGAAACAGAUGGACGUAUGAACCCAUACUGUAUGGCGUUUGAUAGUGAAGAGAUGAAACUGUACAUAGGCAGCGACAGGCAAUGCAACUACAUAAAUGUGUAUGGCCUAAAAUAAAGAAGCUCAAUGCCAUUCAUAGUUAAUGUAACAGUUCAUCUAACUACAAUAGACGGAAACUGUUCUUGUAAUACUGACUUCUGAAAGAAUCUAGUAUUGUACAGACACAUUAGUAUGGACAUUGUGCUCUUUACUGAUACUACAAAUCAAGACAUGUAUACCAGUAUAUUACCAGAACUAGAAUAUCAGUUUGGAAUUAAGAAAGUAUAUUGCGUUCUAUAUACACUAUACAUGUACCGGUCGCAGCAUGAGUUAUCUGAUAAAGCACGCGAGGGAAAUGUUAUAUAUUCUAUUUAGAAUAAACAAACUUCUAAGAGCUGUAGUAUAUUGCCAGGUCAUUUUUGAAUAAGGAUUACUCACAUUAUGUUCAUAAAUGACAUUUUAACAACAAAAAGGUACCAAGAAAAGUAGGGCUCAUGUAUCUUCUAAGAGAUUACUGUCUGACAUGUGACAACUAUGAAAAUUGACAUCUAAAAUAUGGUGUAGGAUACACGCACAAUUCGGUUUAAUGUGCAAAUAAUCUCAUUAGAAAUGCUACAAAAUUGUCAGAAAUAGAUCCACAAUGAAAUAAAAACAGAAAAUAGGUUAUAUAAAACAUGAAAAUGCCAUCUUUACUGGGAAAAACGGAAGAUUUUUUCUUUCUGCCAUUAUCUGAAUAACCCAUGUUUUCUCUCUAUAUUACAUCAAUUGCCUGACAAUUUUUUACUAUUAAGAAAAAUCUAACUUCACGAAAUCAAACCAAACUUAAAACAAAGUUUUGAUAUAGCUUCUGAGAAAUUUAAUAACUACUCUUUUUGUCUGAAUAAUGGUGGAUUAACUUUUACUUUCAAACAAUAGUGCAUGAUAUAGUUAAAAGGAGAAGGAUUUAAAAAAAGGAUUUACAGGUCAUUGUCAUAGUGAAAAGGAGAUUUUCGGAAAAAAGAGAUUAAAACUAUAUAUUUGGUUCGUGCUGUUAAAUACCCUUUCAUAAUACAUGACUGUUGAAAUCAUGAAUUAUUUUAGCAAAAAUAGAAGCAUCUGGAAGAAGAGGUCAUCAGAGGGAUUUCACUUCAUCCCUUUCAAGUAGUUUUAAUGACGCUUUCUAAUUUUCUAACUUUGUAUAUUAUCUUGUAAAUGUAAUGUAGCCGUUUUCCAUUAUGCAUUAUGUAUACUAGUAUAUGUUAUCAGACUGCUGAUGUUUGCCGCUAUUGUGGGACUUAUGCAUUUAAAAAGAAAAUGUUGAAAACUUUAAUUUGCUUUCAAAUUUUUAUAGCUAUUUUUGAUUUAAUUUACAUAUUAUUCACAAAAAGCAUUACUGAGGUAAUAAUGGCAUUUUUAUGUCUGACUUACAAGAAGGUAAUCUGCAUUAGAACAGAAAUAUAAUAUUUUAUUUUUAUAUCUUAUCAAAUAAUUAAAAAAGACAUAGAGGAUACAAAUGUAUAUGUUGACUGAUAAUAUCUUUCACGAGUGAACACCACAUGCAAUAUUUUCACAAGUGGCAUAGCCACAAGUGAAAAUGUAAAAUAUGGUGUUCAUGAGUGAAAGAUGUUUUGAUCUCACAUGUAAAACAAACAAAUUUUCUUUGUAUUUCAUAUAUUGACUAAUUAUACCCAUUUCAUAGCUUCUUACCAGUUAAAAAACUAUUUGAUAUUUUUUCACUGUGAAAAUACCAGAUUUAUUUCACUCUAAUUUUUCUAUAAUUUCACUGAAAAACAUAUAAUUAAAUAUUUACUUACUACUAAGUUUUGUGAUGUUGAAAUAGACACUUGAAUAGUUUGCCUUGAAAUACCGAAAUGAACAAAAUGAAGUAAUAUUUUGGUUUCAUAAUAAGUUAUAAACUGUUAUUGAAUAUUUAGCAUAGAUACCAGUUAUUUUCUCGUACUAGCGUCGAGCUGAUUUUUCAACCUCGUUCAUAUACCCUAUGCGAAGAUUUUUUAACGAAGUUUGUUUUAUGUGUUUUGAUAUCUAAAUGCGUUACUUUUCGUAAAUAUCGAAUUCAAAAUUGAUAACUGAAUCCAUUCUAGGCUCUAAUGCAAGCAACUCAACUUCUUUAACAGUCUUUUAAUUAAUGCAUUAAGGACAUUUCAUUUUGAAACAUGGCGGUUCUUAACCAACAUAUCUUUUCAUACGAACUACUUUGUAAACAAAUAGAAUAAUCAUACAGUAUGGAAAAUGAAAAUAAGAAAGUGAACAUUUCCCUUUAAAUUAGUUUCUGAAUGAUAUUGAUAAAUGUUUUGUGAAGGUAGAGUGCGUAUUACUUUAAAAAUAUAUAUUAUUCAUUGUUGAUUUUUUGAUGUUCGCAAUGAGUCAUAUGCAAAUCUAUGUAAAUCAACAAUAACUUUAUUUUUUGAAUAUUUAGUUAUGCAUUUCCUUUAAUUACUAGUAAGAAAUAGAGCAGCAUCCAAUUCAUGUUCUGAAACCUUGUACUUUUUUAAAUUACAAAAUGUGUGUUCCCCUAAAUCAUUUUUAUUAAUUCUUCGAAAACUGUGAGCCAUAUAUAAAAUUCGGUUGAGCUGUUCACGUGAAAAGAAGACUUCCUGAAGAGUUCAUCUGUCAGUGAUUUUGUAACAACCAGUCCAGCAAGCCAAUUCAGAAACAGUGCUAGUAUUGCUCUAUUUAUAUGUUAUAAAGAUGUAUUAUAUCAAUAAAAAAAUUCUCUCCAAAGGUAAUGUUUUAAAUUAUAGAUUUAAUUG